GCUGCAUCUCCUAAGACGUGCAUUUGUUCGAACAGCCUGUCUUCUUGAGCGCAUAUCGUCUUUCUCGCACGCAGCACCUUCCUGAAUUCUUUUUCGCGUUUCGAACAUCCUACCACGUGUCAUCAGAGCUUCGCCGCAGCUUCUCGUUGCGUCGCGUCCACUGUUUCAGUAGCGCCAAGAAGUGUUGCCUUCAGCUCGACAAGGCUGCAGACGGCAAGCAGCCAGCUGUCAAAUAAGCACGCAUCCAAUCCAUCCUUCACACUCCGCGGUCCUUAUCGCCCCUAUGCAUCAUGCGGUAUAAUACGAGUCUGCUGCUGCCGACGUUACUGGCAUUCGUGCCCUCUAUCGCCGCUAAGAGCGAUGCGCCGCUCGUCGAGACGACAGGGUUCAAGAGCGAGCUCGUAAACAUCCUCUACUUCGACGAUUCGACGGUCGCGUUACUGCAAGAGCUUGAGAGUGGGAAUAUAUGGAGAUCAGAAGACGCUGGAAAAGGCUGGAAGCAGGAGAAAGAAUUGAACGGAGCUGGCAUUCUCAAGAAUCCGUACGACAAUCAGGUUGCCACAGUCCUGGGCGAGUCAAAACACUGGAUCACAUACGACCAGGGAAAGUCUUGGAACUCCUUCAAGACCGAGCUGCCACCUUCGCCAGGCGCACCUCUCGCCUGGCACGCGACCGACAGCAAGAAGAUUCUGCUCAACGAGAUCGAGAACUGCUUUACUGCGCCAUGUCUCGGACGCUCGUACUACACCACAGAUGGCUUCAAGACAGAGCCCAAGCCUCUCAUCGAGGACCGCCGCAUGUGCCAAUGGGCGAAGGGCUCUGAGAGAUUCCUCAUGGACAGCGACAAGCACGACGACCGCAUCUUGUGCAUCACAAGGGGCAAAUACUCGGACAGGACCAAGGACUUCAGGCUGCUGAUGUCUGACAACUACUUCAAGGACGUCAAUGAGCCGGUCAUGUCAUCAGGACGCACCGUCCAAGGCAUGGCAAACAUGGCAGCUGUCAAAGGCUACAUCGUUGCCGCUGCGAAGGCCGAUCACUCGAGCGAACUAACCCUCUACGUCACGACCGAUACCGAAACCUGGCAUCACGCUGAGUUCGGCGACCACAAAGUCGAACAAGAUGCGUACACGAUACUCGAGUCGACAAACUACAGCAUUCAAGUCGACGUUAUGACAUCGAAGUACACCGCGAUGGGCACACUAUACACGAGCAACUCGAACGGCACGUACUUCACAAAGAACGUUGAGCAUAUGAACCGCAACGAGCGAGGCUUCGUAGACUUUGAGAAAAUCGCCAACAUCCAGGGCGUGGUCAUGGUCAACGUUGUCGAUAACUGGGAACGCGUUGAGAAGAAGGGCUCUUCGAAGGAACUGAAGUCAAAGAUCAGCUUUGACGACGGCAGGACCUUUGAGAAGCUGCACAUCAAGGACAAGGACAAGAAGGAGCUCCACUUGCACUCUGUCACAAACCUUCACAACAGUGGCCGCGUAUUCUCUAGCCUGGCACCUGGUAUGGUUAUGGGCGUGGGCAACACCGGAGAUCAGCUAGGCAAGUACACUGAUGGUGACCUAUAUGUCUCAGACGAUGCUGGUCUUACGUGGGAGCUGGCUCUCGAAGAAGCACACAAGUACGAAUUCGGCGACCAAGGAUCCAUUCUGGUAGCAGUCUACGACGAAGGUGACACCGACAAAAUCAUGUACUCGCUUAAGCAUGGACGCAAGGAUACUUGGAAGGAGAUCAAGAUCGACUACAAGUUCCGCGCUCGCGAACUGACUACGCUUCCCGACUCGACAAGCCAAAAAUUCAUGCUCUACGCGUCAAAGAAGAAAGACGGUGGUGGUCGCGAGCAUGUCAUCAUCCAUCUCGACUUCUCUGAGCUUCACGAACGGAAGUGCGGAGACAAGGACUUCGAAGAUUGGUCAGUCCGCAAGGAAGACGACGGUAAACCAAGCUGCGUUAUGGGUCAUAAGCAGCUGUUCAAGAGGCGCAAGUGGGACGCCGACUGCUUCGUUUCCGAGCCAUUCAAGGAUCCCACGCCACACUUUGAGUCCUGUGAAUGCGACGCUGCUAGAGACUACGAAUGCGAUGUCAACUUCGCACCCAGCGGCGAGGGCAAGGACAAGAAAUGCGAACCCUCUGACCAGGUCAGACUGCCCAAGGGUGCUUGCGAGGGCAAGGACAAGACGUACAAGGGUAGCUCAGGCUGGAGAAAGAUUCCUGGCAACCAGUGCAAGGGCGAAACCGAACGCGACAAGGAAGUCGAAAGGCCCUGCGAUGAUGCCGAAAGACCACCACCGAAGAGCGACAAGAUUACCAGCGAGAUCACCAAGUUCAAGGGCAGCAACUUUAUGGAGCACUACUACCUCGAGCGCGAUACUCAGAAUAGGGACGACCGCGACAACGCUAGAGAUCGUGACGAGACCAUCGUUCUGUUGACCUCAGAGCGCGAAGCCUACAUCACCCACGACCACGGCAAGAAGUGGAAGAAGGCUGUCGACGACGAGAUUGUCCGAAUCUACCCCCACACCUACGAAAACAACUACGUUUACUUCCUGACCGCUUCGAAGAAGGUAUACUACUCAGAAGACCGCGGCCUCAAGGACAGUAUCCACAGUUUCGAGGCUCCUGUUAUGCCCAACGAGCAGAGGCUGCAGAUCUUGCAGUUCCACCCGAAGCAGAAGGGCUGGCUCAUAUGGCUUGGUGGUGAACACUGCGAGAAGCUGGGCGACAAGGACUGCCACACUGUCUCAUACGUCUCACAGAAGAAUGGUGUCUCCGGAAGCUGGGAGGCUAUGCUUCCCUACGUCAAGAAGUGUGCCUUCGUUUGGCGUGAAGCUGGCCGCGAUGUCAAAGAAGAGCAGGUUUUCUGUGAACAAUACACCAAGGAGGAGAUGGGCGCUCCUGUAGAGCUCAUCUCGAGUGACGACUGGUUCAAGAAGAAGGAUGUCAAAUUCGAAUCAGUUGUUGAGUUUGCAACCAUGUCCGAGUUCAUCAUCAUCGCAACAAAAGGCAAGGAUGGAAAGUCUUUGGAGCUGUCGGCCAGCCUGGACGCCAAAACUUUCGCGGAAGCCAAUUUCCCUCCCAAGUUCAACGUGGACCACCAGACAGCAUACACUGUGCUCGAUAGCUCAACACAUGCCAUCUUCCUGCACGUCACAGUUAACCCUCGUCCAGACCAAGAGUACGGCUCUAUUGUCAAGAGUAACAGCAACGGUACAUCCUACGUGAUGAGCUUGAACGGCGUCAACCGCAAUACCGAGGGUUACGUCGACUUCGAGAAGAUGCAGGGUCUGGAGGGCGUCGCACUUGCCAACAUAGUCGCCAACAUCGACGAGGUCAAUAAGGGCGCAAAGAAGAGGAAGCAGACUCGAAUUACUCACAAUGACGGUGCCGAGUGGACUCCAUUGGAGGCUCCCGAGAAAGAUUCGGACGGAAAGAGUUACUCUUGCGAUGUGUCAAAUCCCGAGAAGUGCGGUCUUCAUAUCCAUGGAUACACAGAGCGCUCAGAUCCUCGCGAAACAUACUCUUCUCCUACAGCCGUCGGUUUCAUGCUCGGUGUUGGCAACGUCGGUGCUGAACUUGGUACCCUCGGUGAGGCAAGCACGUUCAUGACCACUGAUGCUGGUAUCACUUGGAAGGAGAUCAAGAAGGGCGCCUACGCUUGGGAGUUCGGCGACCAAGGUUCCGUCGUCGUCAUUGUCCGCCGCGGUGAAGACACGGAUCAUCUGUACUAUUCACUCGACAGCGGUGACAAGUGGAAUCUCUACAAGUUCGCUGAGCACGGUGUUCGCGUGGACGCAAUCACCACGGUGCCCAGCGACACCUCCCUCAACUUCCUUUUGUGGGGCAAGGACGGUAAGGAACUCGUUGCCAUCAACGUCGAUUUCUCCGGCCUCGAAGAGUUCUCCAAGAAAUGCAACCUGGAUGAGAACAAUCCUGGAAGCGGCGAUUACGAUCUCUGGACACCCCAACAUCCCAUGCAGGAAGAUCAGGAGUGCCUGUUCGGUCACGUCGCAGAGUACCACCGCAAGAAGCGCGAUGUCAAGUGUAGGAACGGCGAGCGCAUCGACCACAUGCACGACAUCCAGCGUAACUGCACAUGCACACGACGUGACUUCGAAUGCGCCUAUAACUACGAGCGGCAACCCGGCGGCGAAUGCAAGCUCAUUGCUGGCCUCACGCUCGAGGACCCCAAGGCUGUCUGCGCAAAGGGUGCACGCGAGUACUGGGACAAUACUCCUUACCGAAAGAUUCCACUCUCUACUUGCGAGGGUGGUAAGGAGUUCGACCAUAUGGGCGAAGUUCAUCCCUGCCCUGGUUUUGAAGAAGAGUUCGAGAAGAAGCACGGUAUCGGUGGCUUUGCCCUCUUCCUCGCCAUUGUUUUGCCCUUCGCAGCCGCAGGUGGCAUUGGGUACUACGUCUGGAAGAACUGGAACGGCAUUGGCAAGUUCGGCGCUAUUCGGCUCGGUGACUCUGGUAGUGGGGGGUUCAGCUCGGACGCACCAUGGGUCAAAUACCCUGUGGCUGCGGCUAGCGGCCUCGUUGCUGUUGUUGCUGCUAUCCCCUUGCUGAUUGGCAGCCUGUGGAGAAUGGUGUCUGGUGGUAGAGGCGGCGGUGGAUUCGGUGGUCGCACCUACACAAGCAGAAGCUCCUUCGCGAGAGGCAGGGGUGACUACGCAGUUGUCGACCCAGACGAAGGCGAGCUGUUGGGUGAUGAGAGUGACGAGGAGGUGUAGAUUUUAUUAACGAUGAGCAAUUAGUCUAGCAGCAUGGGGAAGGAUCUUGACUGGCGCUGGAUCUUGUGACGGUAGCGUUGGAACGUUGGCUGUACAAUUUCUCUGUAAGAAUUCAUUGUGUGGCACUGACGAACAAUCUGCUCCCCUCUCAUGGUUUGCCGCGGAUAGCAGGAUCUGCCAUUCCAGACGCUAACGCAAGCCUGCGACCAUAACGGGGUGAACUACCUAUCUUUUGUCGUCGACACACACCGCUUCGCAUGUAUGUUUGGAGAAUAGAUGAUGAGGUGGGCCAUCUACCGAGAAGCAGUAAAUUACCGUUCUUGUUAAGCGAUGCGGCG